UACAUUCCCUUGACACCAGAGCAGACCACAGGAGACGGGCUUAAUGGCUAUGCGCUACAUUCCCAUCUUCAUCCUCCUAUUCUUGAGUUCAUCCUGCAAAUCUGAUGACCAGCUCACACACGCAAAGCCACUCACCCUCGGCGACACGCUCAUCUCCAACGGCGGGGGCUUUGCUCUCGGCUUCUUCUCCCCGACCAGCUCCAACACCAGCCUGUACCUUGGGAUAUGGUACCACAACAUCCCUGGACCAAUCACCGUCGUGUGGGUUGCCAACCGAGACAACCCAAUUCUCGCCCCUUCAUCCCCAAUGCUUGCCAUCACCAACAGUUCAGACCUGGUGUUGUCGGACUCUCAAGGAGGCACUCGCUGGGCGGUGAAGAAAAACAGCACGGGCGCUGGAGCUACUGCAGUGCUGCUCGACGAGGGGAACUUGGUCCUCCGACUUCCAAAUGGUAAGAUCACAUGGCAGAGUUUUGAUCACCCAACCGACACAGUACUUCCCAAGAUGAGAUUUUUGGUGAGCUACAAGGCAAAAGUCGCCAUGCGGCUUGUUGCUUGGAAGGGCCCAGAUGACCCAUCUUCUGGGGAUUUCUCGUGCAGCGGCGACCCUAACUCUCCAGACCUUCAGUUCGUCACAUGGAACAAGACAGAGCCAUAUUGCCGCCUCACUGUCUGGAGCGGCAAGUCUGUGACCGGUGGCACAUAUCUAGCCAACGCCAGCUCCGUCUUGUACCAAACGGCUGUCAACUCUGGAGACGAGUUCUACGUCACCUACACAAUCUCUGACAACUCAACGCUCAUGCGCUUGAUGAUUGACUACACUGGCAAGUUGAAGUACCUAAGUUGGAAUAGACACACAUCAUCAUGGGCAAUCUUUGGAGAACACCCCUCUGUUCCAUGCGAACUCUAUGCCUCGUGUGGCCCAUUCAGUUAUUGCGACUUCACUCAGAUUACCCCAGCUUGCCAAUGCCUUGAUGGAUUUGAGCCUGACGACGGUGUUAAUUUUUUCUCUAAAGGAUGUCACAGACAGGAAGCGCUCAACUGCGGCAAGCAAAGUCAUUUCGCUCCCUUAUCUGGGAUGAAGGUUCCCGAUAACUUCUUGCACAUAAGGAACAUAAGCUUAGAUGAAUGUGCAGCUGAGUGCAGUCGCAACUGCUCAUGCACGGCUUACGCUUACACCGACUUGAGCAGGGCCGGUGCAAUGGCUGACCCUUCAAGGUGCUUAGUUUGGUCAGGGGAGCUUAUCGAUGCUGGGAAGUCAACCUCUGGCGAGAAUAUGUACAUCCGCCUCCGCCUGGCCGAUUCUCCUGCAGUUAACAAGAAACAUAGUACAGAACAGAUUCUACUCCCGAUUAUAACGUUCUUGUUGCUAUUGGCAUGCAUAGCCCUCGUCGGGAUCUACAAAUACAAAGCAGGCAAAUGGAGAAAGAAGAAAAACCAGAAGAAACUGAUGCUAGGAUACUUCAGCACAUCCAAAGAACUUGAGGGCAACAGUACAGAAUUUCCAUCUGUUACCUUUGAAGAUAUCCUUUCAGCAACAAAUUUUUUCGCUGACUCCAACUUGCUAGGGCGGGGAGGCUUUGGCAAAGUGUACAAGGGAACAUUUGAAGGUGAAAAUGUGGUGGCUGUCAAAAGGCUUAGCCAGAAUUCUGGACAAGGUACAGUGGAGUUCAGGAAUGAAGUAGUUUUAAUUGCCAAACUGCAGCACAAAAACCUAGUCAGACUUCUUGGUUGCUGCAUUCAUGGGGAUGAGAAGUUACUGAUCUACGAAUACCUACCUAACAAAAGCUUGGAUUCAUAUCUUUUCGAUGGUGCACGAAAAUAUGAGCUUGAUUGGUCUACACGGUUCAAAAUAAUUAAAGGAAUAGCAAGAGGCAUUCUUUAUCUCCAUCAGGAUUCAAGAUUAACAAUAAUUCACAGAGAUCUCAAAGCAAGCAACAUCUUAUUGGACAAAGAAAUGACUCCGAAAAUUUCAGAUUUUGGCAUGGCAAGAAUAUUUGGUGCUAACCAGAACCACGCAAACACUAACCGGGUCGUUGGAACAUAUGGUUAUAUGUCGCCUGAAUAUGCAAUGCGAGGUGCCUUUUCUGUAAAAUCAGAUACUUAUAGCUUCGGCGUUCUUCUACUGGAGAUUGUAAGUGGCUUGAAGAUCAGCUCACCUCAGCUCAUAGCCAACUUUUCUAGCCUGAUCACCUAUGCGUGGAGAUUAUGGGAAGAUGAAAAGGCAACUGAACUGGUGGACUGUUCAGUUGUUGCAAGCUGCCCACUUCAUGAAGUUCUACGGUGCAUUCAUGUGGGACUCUUGUGUGUUCAAGAUCAUCCCAAUGAUAGGCCACUAAUGUCAUCGGUUAUGAAUAUGAUCGAGAAUGAAAACGCACUUCUUCCGACUCCGUGAAUGAAAUGAGUAUCACCACACUUGAGGGCCGUUAGAUGUUGUAUAACUUAGUGUGUGCGGAUUUUAGUAUAGCUGAACUUAACUUUUCGUAGGUGGUUGUAAUAUUCGUGAUUUUGUUGUAUGAGAAAUCUGUGAAUAAUAGCUGGCGAGCCGCCGCGGAGCCUGGUCGAUACGACCAACUGUAUUUUCUUUUUGUUAUCUCGUACAAGAAACCAACCAUGUUGGAAUGCCCCACUGAAUAUGAUUAUAAGUUUCAAGCAAGUGUUCUAAAGUUUGGUUGCC